AUGAAAUCGCACUCUUUUGUAAGAAAUACGCUUCCAGGGGUAAUUCAUUACAGUGACCGGCUACACCUUCCAAGCUUUUCCAGUUACGCACGAUUUCUCUUCUUACCCACUCUUAUUUACCAGAAAAACUACCCUCUAAGAAAAAAAAUCAACUGGAAGUUUUUCUUCAAAACUCUAGUCGAAUUUGUGGUUGGAAUAUUUAUACUGAGUUUUCGUUUUGAGAAAGGUUCGAGCUUCAUACAGGAAACAGGUCUGCGAAAAUUCACAGUGACCGAAAUUAUGCAGGACUUUGUAGAGAACUCUACUGAAGUUGCGUUUUUGAUUAUGAUUGUGCACUAUGUUUGUUUGCAUUGUAUUCAAAACUUAUUCGGAGAACUUUUUCGCUUUGGAGAUAGGUUGUUCUACACAAACUGGUGGGAUUUACUUGAUUUGAAUACUAGUUUAGUAAAGUGGAAUUUAAUUGUUGCGCAGUGGAUAUACUAUUAUGUUUAUUUAGACUUUAAGAAUUACGUCUGUGAUAACAUGUUUGCAAUAAGAUUGGUAUCUUUUGUGCUUUCGUUUGCUGUUCAUGAGUGGUUAGGGUACCACUUGUGGAAAACCACCUGUCCACUGUUGUUUAUAUUUUUUAUUUUUAUUGUAUUUCCCACGUUUUACUUCGAGGUUCCUGACCGCAAUGUUUUCGUUAUUUUAAAUACGUAUUUAAUUGCUUCGGGUCCAGCUCUUGCAGUACUUUAUGGCGUCGAAUAUUACAUUUCCAUUAACGUACCAUUCGACAAUCGAUCACGUCUGGAGCAGAUGUUUUUGCCCAGGUUUAUAAAUUACAUAACGUGGGAAUGA